AAAUUUUUGGUCGCUUUCUUUUUAUUUUCCCUCAAAAUUUUCCUCUUCGUUUCCCAUUCCCAAGUAGGAGUCGCCGGAUUAUAUCGUCAUCGAUCUUGUCUCAGAACUUCAUCUCAACAGGAAAUCCAUAUCAAAAACUCAUCUUUCACUUCCUGUUUCGCGAGAUUUGAUCCGAUGACUGUAUCUUUUUCUCGCUGUUCAAGAACCCUAAUCUGAUCCAGAUCGAGGCUUGGGAUUUCGUUGCCGGGGCGUUGCAUGAAGAUUUGGUGUUUUCUCUGCUUCACCGAGGACGAGGGAGACGACGGAGACGGCGUGAAACUGGCACAAUCGUCAGCGACGUUCAUGGAGAACGACAACAACCACAACAACGAGGGUAACGAUUUCGUAAAUGACGGUGACAACAAAGGCGACGCAGGACAGGCCGCUGAGGGUUUGAAUUCGAUCGAAGACGACGAGGACGCACGUCUGUGGUUGAGCGGGGAGUUGAUGGCGAUGGAGGGCGGUGAGACCAUAGCGGCGGAGAUGGAGCGUCGGUGGACUUCUGGGGUUCGCUUGUUUCCAUUGUUGGAGGGAGAGAGCAGCAGCUCCGCCGUCGCGAACGGUGCGGCAGAGAUGGAGGAUAUCGACCAUGAUUCGUACCAUAAGCGUGCCAGAGUGUAUUCUGGGUUUGCCGAGGGUCAAUUUACUUCGAGGAUGCCUUCAGAUGUUGGAAAUUCUGGUCCACCAGUGGAGACAGGCUUUAGUUUUGGUAAUUCGUCUUCUGCUCGUUCUGACAGUGAGAUGUUCUGCCAGAACUUUAUCAUAAAUAAUGGUAGGAAUGAGGCGAAGAAAGACCAUGGAGAUGGUGACGACGAUUCUUCAGAAACAGAUGACUUUGAAGUUCAUAUUGACUUGACAGAUGACCUUUUGCAUAUGGUUUUCUCUUUCUUGAACCAUGCUGACCUCUGUCGAGCUGCUAGGGUUUGUCGGCAGUGGAGAGCAUCUAGUGCUCAUGAAGAUUUCUGGAGGCACUUGAAUUUUGAAAAUACGAGAAUAUCUCUAGAACAAUUUGAGAACAUGUGCCGUCGCUAUCCAAACGCCAUUGAAGUAAAUAUUUAUGGUGUUCCUGCAGUCAACACCCUGGCCAUGAAAGCCGUUACUACCUUGAGGAAUCUCGAGGUCUUAACUGUGGGAAAAGGUCAUAUAGGAGAUACUUUUUUCCAUGCAUUGGAAGAUUGUACUAUGUUAAGAAGUGUGACUCUUAGUGAUGCUAUUCUGGGCAAUGGUGCUCAGGAAAUACACCUGAGCCAUGAUCGGUUGCAUGAUCUUAAGAUUACAAAAUGCCGUGUAAUGCGUUUGUCUAUCAGGUGUCCACAGUUAAGGACAUUGUCCUUAAAGAGGAGUAAUAUGUCACAAGCUCAGCUUAAUUGUCCACUCCUCAAUCUUCUCGAUAUAGCCUCAUGUCACAAGCUUCUGGAUGCUGCAAUCCGCUCAGCGGCAACUUCAUGUCCUCAAUUAGAAUCUCUGGAUGUCUCGAACUGUUCCUGCGUCAGUGAUGAAACACUGCGUGAAAUAGCCCAGACUUGUGCUAACCUUCAUGCCCUUAAUGCUUCAUACUGCCCCAAUAUCUCUCUCGAAUCGGUACGCCUUCCGAUGUUAACAGUUCUCAAGCUUCAUAGCUGUGAGGGUAUAACAUCAGCUUCAAUGAAUGCCAUUGGUGAUAGUCCUAUGCUAGAGGUUUUGGAACUGGAUAAUUGCAAUCUAUUGACAUCUGUAUCAUUGCAUCUUCCCCGUUUGCAGAGCAUAAGUCUAGUCCAUUGCCGCAAAUUUGUAGAUUUGAACUUGCAAAGCACCAUGCUCUCAUCGGUAGCUGUGUCAAACUGUCCAUCACUUCGUCGCAUUACCAUUGCUUCAAGUUCCCUUCAGAGAUUGGCACUGCAAAAACAAGAGAAUUUGACAACAUUAGUUCUGCAAUGCCAAUCAUUGCAGGAAGUGGACCUCUCUGAUUGUGAAUCAUUAUCUAAUUCCGUUUGUGAAAUAUUCAAUGAUGACGGUGGAUGCCCGAUGCUGAAAUCUUUAGUCCUCGACAAUUGUGAGAGCUUAACGGCUGUGCGAUUCUGCAAUUCCUCUUUAGUAAGCCUUUCCCUUGUUGGCUGUCGCACUGUUACUUCCCUUGAGCUGAAUUGCCCUCGCCUUGAGCAAAUUUGUUUGGAAGGUUGUGAUCAUCUUGAAAGUGCUUUCUUCCAGCCUGUUGCUCUUCGGUCUUUAAAUCUGGGAAUAUGUCCGAAAUUGAGCGUGCUUAAUAUUGAAGCUCCUUAUAUGGCGUCUCUUGAGUUGAAAGGUUGUGGUGUAUUAUCUGAAGCAUCUAUUAUUUGUCCUCUCUUGACAUCUUUGGAUGCUUCCUUCUGCGGCCAACUCAAGGAUGACUGUCUGUCUGCCACCGCUUCUUCCUGCCCGCUAAUCGAGUCCUUGGUGUUGAUGUCAUGUCAAUCUAUUGGCUCUGAUGGUCUGUACUCCUUGUGGGGGCUCCCGAAUUUGACAGUUCUUGAUUUAUCGUACACUUUCUUGAUGAAUCUGGAGCCGGUUUUCAAAUCCUGUUUUCGACUAAAGGUACUCAAAUUACUAGCCUGCAAAUAUCUCACUGACUCAUCAUUGGAGCCAUUAUACAAACAAGGCGCUUUACCGGCACUUCAGGACCUGGACCUAUCCUAUGGAACUCUCUGUCAGACCGCAAUAGAGGAUCUACUCGCACGCUGUACACACUUGACCCAUCUGAGCUUGAAUGGUUGCGUUAACAUGCACGACCUCGAUUGGGAUUCAGCCGAUGUCCAGCUCGUUGAUUACUUUGCCGUCUCCAGUUCUAUUGGGCAGCUUCCCGAUGAGAAUGCUCGAGACCCGACUGGACCAGCCAACCGGUUACUGCAAACACUAAACUGUGUUGGUUGCUCUAAUAUUAGAAAAGUGUUGAUCCCACCAGCAGCUCGGUUUUACCAUUUGUCUUCGCUGAACCUUUCGCUGUCGGUCAAUCUGAAGGAGGUCGAUCUCGCCUGUUUGAACUUGGUUGUUCUUAAUUUGAGCAAUUGUUCCUCUCUGGAGAUUCUGAAGCUUCGUUGUCCAAGAUUAACUAGUCUCUUUCUGCAGUCUUGUUACAUAGACGAAGCAGGAGUUGAGUCGGCUAUUUCACAGUGCAGCGCACUGGAGACACUGGACGUCCGUUUCUGUCCAAAGAUAUCCUCUGCGAGUAUGGGGAAGUUCCGAGCAGCCUGCCCUAGUUUGAAGCGUAUUUUUAGCAGCCCGACCCCUUUGCAUGAUUAGGUCAGAGCUUUUCUUGGUCCGGCGGCGAGACUGAAGCCGUUAUUACUGGUGUCGGAUUUGGCUGGCUUUUACUGUCUGUUGGGUUAUACUUUGAACUACCACCCUCCUCCAUUUGCCUUCAUCUGCUCUGUUACGAAAGGCAAGAAAGAAUCAAGGGAUGGAUUCUAUGGCUCUUUGAAUACAGGCUAUGGCUAUGUAUGAUAUACUUCAUAUAUAUGUGUAUAUAUAUAUAUACAUAUAUGUGUGAAAGAUGGGUUCUUAGGGUUUUUUCCGGUUGUGGGUCAAACUCAAGUUGAAACCUUAAGGUAAGGAUUAAUGGGAUUUUUGCGAACUUAAAUGAGAUAUGAACUUCUCUGCUUUGUUUUGAGAUCA